AUGUCUGGCUCGCUGCGAGGCACAGCAAGCAAGAGUCUGCGAAAGGGCUUCCAGCAAGCGUCCGCCUUCUCCUCGCCGAUAGCGUCUACUUCGAAGAUCUCGCGAAGGUACUCUUCCGCGCCCUAUCCAAGCGGCGCCCAAGAUCCUGCCAAGCCAGCAACAAGACCACGAGUGAUCUUCUCAGGUAUCCAGCCGACCGGCAUCCCACAUCUCGGCAACUACCUUGGCGCCCUCCGCAACUGGGUCGACCUUCAAAAUGCCUCGCUCCACACCACGGACGAGCUCUACUUCAGCAUCGUCGGCUACCAUGCUAUCACCAUGCCGCAGCAGCCCUCACGGCUUCUCUCCGAGCGGUCCGAGAUGAUGGCCACGCUCCUGGCCAUCGGACUCGAUCCACAACGGUGCACGAUCUUCCAUCAGGACCAAGUGUCCGAGCACACGGAGCUGGCGUGGAUCCUCAACUGCAUCACUUCGUUCGGCAAGCUGCAACGCAUGACCACGUGGAAGUCCAAGCUCGCCACGGCCAAGAACGUCUCUGAGACCUCCGAUAUCGAUGACAAAGACCUCAGUCUUGGUCUAUUCGCAUAUCCCGUCCUGCAGGCGGCAGACAUCCUACUGUACAAAGCGACGCACGUGCCCGUGGGCGAGGACCAGAUCCAACACCUCGAGCUCAGCAGAGAUCUGGCCGACGUGUACAACCGCAAGUUCAGCAAGAAGUUCUUCCCGCUUCCACAGCAUAUCAUCACACCAACAAAGAGGGUGCUGUCAUUACGAGAUCCGGCGAGCAAGAUGUCGAAAAGUGCGCCGGACGCCAACUCGAGGAUCCUGAUCACGGAUACGCCGGUCGAGGUGGAGAGGAAGAUCAAGAAGGCCGUCACGGAUGCUGAGAGGUCGCUGGCGUAUGAUGGGGUCGCAAGACCGGGCGUGAGCAAUCUGCUGUCGAUACUUGCAGCCCUGAAAGCAGCUUCAGUGGCAGGAAAACAGGCGGAAAAGCAGAUGGGCCCGCAGGAAUGGGCAGAGCGGCUGAACAGGGAGAUCGAGGCAAGUGGAGCUUCGUCUGGCCAACAUCUCAAGGCUACGCUCACGGAAGCUGUCGUGGAGACGCUGAGGCCAAUACAGACAGAGCUCGAGAGGCUCAGAGGCGACCCAGGCUACCUGAAGCAGAUGGAGCUAUUGGGCAAGGAGAAGGCUCAGACGGUAGCACGUAGGACAAUGGCCCAGGUGCGGAAGAGCAUCGGCUUGAACUAG